CACGGUUGUCAAUCAGUCGACCAUGUUUUUUACAGAAUGUUUUCAAUAAUUGGUUUAAGAGAAAAACAUUGUUGAAUUCAGUUCUCCAUAUUGAUACCAAUCCUUUCGCGACGAUAAAUGUUCGCGAUUUUACUACAUUCGUGAACAAAGCGAAAUUAAAUUGCAUGCGGACAAUACCCGGAGUACAGUAUGCAACAAUUACUAUAGAGCUGGCACGUAAUGUUGAAACUGACAUGUACUGGAGAAACAAUUCUAUCAAAUGCAACUGUUGUCAAAUCUUUCCAAAUCAUCAACAAAAACUAUUAAGCCUUGUUUCAGCUCAGUAUACCUUAAUCAGUUCUGACCUAUUUAAUGGAGCUGUCUCAGGCAUCACACAAAGACCUUUCUGGCCAAUCAACUGCAUCACAUAUGCAAAUGCUUUCCCAUAAUUUCCUGCAGACAUCGUCACAAUUGUUUUUCUAUUUUCUUCAACAGAUGAUGGCAGGUGUUUUAUCUGGUUAGCAAUCCCUCUUACUUUGAAUGAACC